UUUUAGAGUAUUUUGUUUUCCCUAUCUUUCUAAAAUCUAAAUUCGAUCGAAUCUGCAUUUCUGAAAUCGCUCUUUUUUCUCAUACAAUUAUGGCUGAGAACAAUACCGAUACCAUUGAUGUUGAUAAGUUCCUUAAUUUGCUUCUCCCUUCUCUUCCAGAUAACCUCCAUGGUCUGAUUCGAGAUAACCGUGAUGAGUUUCAUAAGAUCUUUUGCAAUUUAUCAUUUCGUAAGCGUCGUGCCUGCAUUGAUAUCCUUUCUACCAGGGCGUCUGAGUUUCGUAAACAUCUCCUUAUUUUGGAAUUACUUGGAUACCCUGUUGCUUCAGUGCCUCAAUUAUUCAAUGACCUAUUUGAGUACAAAAAGACGGCUCAUAUGGAAGAUAAGCGGAUAAGCGAUUCUGCUGCCUGUAUGCCGAGACACUUUUCUGGCACCUUUGACCUUGCCGAAUACUAUGCUGGUAAUACUGGGUUUCAGCAUCAAAGGUCAGAGCCAUCAAAUGGUACUCCACUUCAGCUUUGGCAAAAAAUGAGCCUUGGAUCACCCGAUAUGCGGAUAUGCUUUUUUGAUCCCCAUGUCAAAUGGUAUGGAAAUCCUAAUUAUGGUGCUGGGAGUAGUGGGUUUCAGCAUCAACGGUUAGAGCCAUCAAAUGAUUUGGCAAUCUCUGUUGAUUGGUCUCUGCGUGUUCCUAAACUCCCCCGUGUCAUGUUUCUUGAUGAAGAACCCACACUGCUGAUGACAAAAUCCAUUCUCCCCUUAGAGGAAGAUCUUCAUAGUAAUGCUGCGGGUACAAGGUAUCUAUCCAACCAACAGAAAGAUGUGGCAAUCUCGGUUGCUGAGCUUUUGGGUGGUCCUGAACCCUCACGUGCCAGGAAUCCUAAUAAUGGCGCUGCUGGUAUUCUGUUUCAGUAUCAAAGGUCAGAGCCAUCAGCUGGUACUCCACUUCAUUAUAUAGCAGCCCGUCAUAGUGCAGAUGUGGCAAUCUCAGCUGCUGGGCACGGUACACCACCUUACCAUCAUACAACAGGCUUUCAUACCAAUACUGCCGGUACAGAUUUGGCAAUCUCUGUUGCUGGGUCUCCAAGUGUUCCUAAACCCUCACAUGCCACGGUUCUUGAUUAUGUAACCAAUCUGAUGAAAGAAAUCUCUGUCUCCUUGAACGGCAAUCCUCAGCUUGCCAGAGAUCACCCAAAAUGGUUUACGACUUUACUUGGAAUCAAUGGUGGUGUAAUCAUUACCCUGAUUUCCAAGUCGACCAGCAACAACCCCCAAUCACUUUCUACUGAAAUCAUGGAAUCUUUUACUGCAUUAUCUGCAGUUGUUGGAUUCUCUGCUAGUUUAGCUGGACUGUACCUUAUUACCAAUAAGCCACAGACAUUACCAGUUAGCUGUGACUCUGAAGUUGCCACCCCAAAGAUGGGAAUUGUGGGUGGCAUUGCUACUGCCUUUGCGUUUAUGGCUGGCGUGCUCUUGCUCCUGCCAAAUAAUCCAUUCAGAUGGAUCACACUGGGCCUGGCUUCUGCAGCAUUCUUAAUCCCAGUCCUCAUCAAGCUUUUGCGUUAAUUUUCAGGAGAAGAUGCAUAUUGGCUGGCUUCUGCAGAAUUCUCUCUGAGCGUUGACAGCCAGUGUGUUGUAGUCUGAUACAUGUUGGUUGGGUGUGUUGUAUUUUCUUAAACUAAGAAGUAAUCUGCUUAUUGCCACUUGAAUAGUUGGUCUUUUUUUUUUUUAUGCAGCAAUGUGAAGCGAAAAUGAUAUUUGGGUAUUCAUGGUUAGCUCUUUGCUCUGCCAUUCUUCUAUUUUGAUUAGGAUUGAUAUCGGGUCGGGUUUGGAGCGGGUUUUGUUCGCUCUAAAUUCAAUUCGACUUUAUGUGUUAUCAAACCCGAAUUCCCGAAUUCGAUCGUACUCGAUUUUUUUUGUUUUUUUAUACUUGAAUCUGACCUAAUAUUAUA